AUGGCUACGGCUACCGUCGAACUGCCUUACCUCGCGAGCCAUUACGCUAUUGCGGAGUCAACACUUACUACCCUUACCCAAGCUCCCACGGUCGAGCUAGUCAACCAGUUGCUGGAGGCCAUUACCAAAAAAGCUCAUGAAUAUGAUGAGCUCAAAUCCGACAAGCUUCGUUUGGAAGUGGAGCUUGAGAAUGCGGUUCGCAGCAGCGACUCAAAGAUCAAGGUGCUGAAAAGCUCUGUGGAAAAAAGCCAUACGGAAGUUGAGGAGGCAAGAAAGAAACUGCACGAGUCAGAAAAUGCUCGUUCGGCCCUAGAAUCCGAAAUCGCGACGCUGAAGUCCUCGACUACUUCCAAUGAGUCCGAAGUCAACACUCUAAAAUCCCGUAUUUCCUCGCUCGAAGCAUCAAACAGGGAUACCCUAGGACUUCUUGAGUCAAAGAGUGCUGCUUACGACAAACUUGCGGAAGAACUUUCCGCCCAACACAAGAGGACAAUUGAAUUGAGACGCGAGCUGGCUACUGCCGAACAAAAUCUUCAGGCGGCCAACUCGGCAUCGGCCAGCGCCCGCUUUCGUGAACAGAGCUUGCAGCAGGAGCUGGACUUGACGAAGAAGAACAACGAAUGGUUCGAGACGGAGCUAAAGACGAAAUCUGCAGAGUACCUCAAAUUCCGCAAGGAAAAGACCGCCCGAAUUGCCGAGCUUCAACGUGAAAACGAGGAAGCAAACUCAACAAUCGACUCGCUAAGACGCAGUGAAAAUGCUCUCAAAAGCCGUUUGGAUGAGGUCGAGCAACGAUACGAGGAGUCGCUUUCGAGCAUCCAACAACUCAAGGAGGAGGCUAUCCAGGCGGCUGAGUCUUUCAGAAUCGAACUGGAUAGCACUAAUCGUCUGGCUGAAUUGCAAGGAAAUGCCGCGCAGACUGCCAAGCAGCGUGUGCAGGAGUGUCAGCUCGCUCUAGAAAAAGCAAGAGACGAUGCGGCCGAAGAGAUCUCUCGACUCCGCGUUGAGAUCGAAACAGAGCACGCUGACAAGGAGGCUGCCGAACGCCGUGUCGCUGAACUAGAGUUGACUGUUACUCAAUUGCAGUCGGAAGGUGCUACUGCAGGAAGAUCCAUGAGCCCGGCUCGUGGCUUGAAUGGUACAGGACCCAGUACGCCUGUCCGUCCUGGAACUCCCAGUGGCGCAUUCUCUCCCAGGACCUCGCGCUCCAAAGGAGGUCUUACUCUCACUCAAAUGUAUACCGAGUAUGAUAAGAUGCGAACGAUGCUUGCUGCAGAACAAAAGACCAGCCAGGAACUCAAAGCCACCCUCGAUGAGAUGGUUCAGGAGCUUGAAGCCAGCAAACCGGAGAUUGACGAAUUGCGGGCUGACCACGCACGACUUGAAAAUGCCGUUGUCGAAAUGUCUAAUAUCCUCGAGACAGCCGGAAAGGAAAGAGACGAUGCAACAAAGGAGGCACGAAAGUGGCAGGGCCAGGUAGAGGGAUUGGCUCGCGAAGGGGAUAUUUUACGUCAACAACUUCGUGACUUGAGCGCUCAAAUCAAGGUUCUGGUUAUGGAAGUAGCUGUCUUGAAAGAAGGAGAAACCACAUACGACAGGGAUGAACUCGAGAAGAUAGCCCGCAAGGAAAUCGACGACUCGUCGGCGGAACUUAACCCAACCGGUCGAUUUAUCAGUCGUCAUCUAACAACGUUCAAGGAUCUGCAUGAGCUUCAGGAGCAGAACGUCACACUUCGGCGAAUGCUGAGGGAACUCGGCGAUAAGAUGGAGGGAGCAGAAGCUCGUGAAAAGGAUGCAGUUCGACAACAGGAGCAGGAGGAGCUGAAGGAGCUCAGAAUUCGUGUGCAGACGUACCGUGAUGAAAUUGCCAAUCUCGUUGCUCAGACUAAGAGCUACGUGAAGGAGCGGGAUACCUUCCGCAGCAUGCUGACAAGACGUCGUCAAACGGUUGGAGAUGCUUCUGCAUUCUCCCAGUCGCUUCCUCUUGGUGCGGUCCCACCGAACGUUGACGACCAAGGGAGAGACGUGCCCGACUAUGCGGAGUUAUUGCGCAAGGUGCAAGCCCACUUUGACAGCUUCCGGGAGGAGUCUGCAACCGACCAUGCCGCUUUGAAACAGCAAGUCAAUGAAUUAACACGGAAAAAUAGUGAAUUGCUGAGCGAGAUUAGUCGCUCAAGCAGUCAGCUUGGCGCUGCCACUCAGCGAGCCGAGCUUUUGCAGAGCAAUUUCAAUAUGUUGAAGAAUGAGAAUGCAGAGCUGCAGAAACGCUAUGCUGCUCUGCUAGAGAACGCCAACCGACAAGACCUGAGGACCCAGCAGGCUGCUGAAGAUUUGGUUGAGACCAAGGGUCUCGUCGAAAGCCUUCAGCGUGAGAACGCAAACCUGAAAGCUGAGAAGGACCUUUGGAAGAAUAUCGAGAAGAGGCUGAUCGAGGACAAUGAGGUGCUGCGGAAUGAACGCAGUAGGCUCGAUUCUCUCAAUGCCAAUCUGCAAACCAUCCUGAACGAGCGGGAGCAUACUGAUGCUGAGAGUCGCCGUCGUUUACAACUCAGCGUCGAAUCUUUGGAGUCCGAGUUGCAGUCAACGAAACGUAAGCUUAAUUCCGAGGUUGAAGAGUCAAAGAAGGCUGCUCUCCGCAGGGAAUAUGAGCAUGAGCAGAGCCAGAAGCGGAUAGAUGACCUUGUGGCAAGUUUGAGCUCGGUUCGGGAGGAAUUGGUUGCCACCAAGACAACUCGGGAUCAUUUGCAGACCAGAGUGGAUGAGUUGACAGUUGAGCUACGGAGUGCUGAAGAACGUUUACAAGUCGUACAAUCCAGGCCAAGCAUCGCAGCUGCCCCGGCCGAGGCGGCUGCGGCGGCAGAAGAAGGCGUCCCGGAUACUGGUUUGACCCGCGAACAGGAACUAGGCAUUCAGGUUUCCGAACUGAAGCGUGACUUAGAAUUGGCUAAGGGUGAACUCGAGCACGCUAAGGAGCAGGUCGAAGUUUACAAGACCAUUAGCCAGGAGACUGAGGAGCGCCUGCAGUCAGUCACCGAGACACAAGAACAAUAUAGGGAAGAGACUGAGCGUCUUGUGGAGGAGAAGGAGAAGAAAAUUCAGGACCUUGAGGCACGGAUCGAGGAGAUUUCAUCGGAACUUUCUACAACAAACAACGAGCUUUCUAAGCUUCGGGAUGAACAAGGUGAAGCUGGACGCCGCUUGGAGGAACAGAAGGCUGCUUUGGAGGCCGAAAUUACAAGACUGAAGGAAGAAAACGAACGUCAAAUUGCGGCGGCUCAGUUCCACCAGGAUGAUCUUAAGGCCCAGGCAGAAAUUGCCCAGCGCGCGCAGCAAAAUUACGAAAGUGAAUUGCUUAAGCAUGCCGAGGCGGCGAAGAACCUACAAGCCGUUCGUGCAGAGGUCAAUCAAUUGAAGCUGGAGCUAGUUGAAUCUCGAACUCAGGCCGAUACCUACAAGAAGGACCUUGCACAGAAAGAAGAAAGCUGGAGUGAACUCAAAGAACGCUACGAAAGUGAGCUUACAGAAUUACAGAAGCGUCGUGAAGAAGUUCUGCAUCAAAACAACUUGCUGCAUACUCAGCUUGAAGGCAUCUCCAGCCAGAUCGCCGCUCUGCAGAAGGAUCGCGCCAAUAUUCCGGAGAGUGAGCAGGAUGAAGGGACAACAGCACCAAAUCUGGAGGGUCUUCAGGAGGUUAUCAAAUUCUUGCGACGCGAGAAGGAGAUCGUCGAUGUGCAAUACCACCUCUCCACACAGGAGGCCAAGCGUCUCCGCCAGCAGCUCGAUUACACACAGUCUCAGCUGGAUGAGGCUCGUCUCAAGCUGGAGCAGCAACGCCGUGCAGCUGCGGAUAGUGAGCACACUGCUUUGAGCCAUAAUAAGCUCAUGGAAACAUUGAACGAACUCAAUCUUUUCCGUGAGAGCAGCGUUACGCUGCGUAACCAAGUCAAACAGGCCGAAACUGCUCUCGCGGAGAAAUCUACGCGGGUUGAUGAACUUUUGCGGCAGAUUGAGCCUUUGGAGACUCGUAUCAGGGAACUGGAAAACGUUGUGGAGACGAAGGAUGGGGAAAUGAAGCUUCUACAGGCUGACCGGGACCGCUGGCAGCAACGUACACAGAACAUCCUGCAGAAAUACGAUCGCGUUGAUCCGGCCGAGAUGGAAGGGCUAAAGGAGAAGCUCGCCUCUUUGGAGAAGGAACGAGACGAGGCUAUUUCAACACGCGACACGUUACAGGCACAAGCUGCCACUUUCCCAGAGCAGCUCAAGCAUGCUGAGGAUAGGACGCAAGAACUGCGCACAAAGCUCACAGAACAGUUCAAAGCCAGAUCUAAGGAACUCACUGGCCGCAUCAACGCUAAGCAACUUGAACUAAAUGCUGUGAUACAGGAGAAGGAGGUCAUCCAGGAGGAGCUGAACACAACCAAGAACGAGCUGAGUGAGCUCAAGACCAAGAUGGCUGAAAGUCCAUCCCCAUCAUCUGCACCUGCACCUGCACCUACCGCACCCACUGUGGAGCAGACGCCUGGCGUCAAUUCGACUCCUGCCUCUCAGUUCCCAACACAAACUUCUAUGCCAAGUGAUGACGAGAGAGUGAAGACGCUAGAGGAGAAGGUACGGCGUCUCGAGGCAGCUCUUGCUGAGAAGGAUGCUGCCUUGGCUGCCAAGGAUGCCGAGUACGAGACCAAGGCCAACGAAAGAGUGGAGAAGCUCAAGGAGACGUACAAUAAGAAGAUGGCGGAAGUGAGAGCGGCUCAUCGGCAAGAGGUUGAAAGAUUGUCAGCCAAUCAACAGGUUGCACCGCAAGAGCCUGGAACACCUGUCUCGAAACCUGAGCAGACUCCCGCAACCCCAUCACAGCAGGAUGGUGACCUACCAGAACUCACCGAUGUCCAGGCGAGAGCCCUAGUUGCGAAGAACGAAACUAUUCAAACGAUCGUCCGUAACAAUAUCCGGGCAAAGGUCGCCAAAGAAACAGAAAAGCUUAAGCAAGAAUGUGCAGAGUUGGAGAAGAAGUUUAAUGAAGAGAAGGAAGCCCUCAAAAAGGCGUAUGAGGAGAGUACGGAUGAAAAGGUCAAAUCUGCCGUUGAGUUAUCUGACAAGAAGACCCUUGUCCGUAUCAGUAUGCUUGAUACUCGGUUGAGAACUGCACAGGCCAAACUUGAUGUCAUCGCGAAGGCGGCUGCCGAGACUCCCCAAAAGCCCGUCGUUGAGGUAUGGGAGGUUGCGAAGACCACAAAGGCUCCGCCUGUUCAGGCACAAGGAGCCAAGCCAACAGCCACUGCACCAUCUGCACCAACCGCACCGACUGCUGCUCCCGCUCCAGCGCAAGUCGCUACAGUGCCGCCACCUUCUUCAGUGGCGGCACCUACCGCAAAAGCCGAAAGCCAAGACCAACAAGCUGCUGCUCCCGCUCCCGCCCAGCAAACGACCGCUGCUCCCCCCACCAGCUCUGUGCCCGAUGAAGCUCAACCUCAAGCUGAUGCGCAAGCACAACAGCCGCAACAAGAAGCCGGUCCUGCGCAAAAGCCGGCAUCAAAUCAACCCGCAAACGCAGUGGCCCAAUCUCAGAAUAAACAGCAGCCCUCAUCACUGCCAAGUAAGCCUCCUGCUGGGGGUGUUUUGAGGGCGCUUCAAUCAGGGCUUCCAGUCGCUAGAGGUGGCCGAGGCGGAGCGCGCGGCGGCUCUCAUCAACAGAAUCCAUUCGGCCCACAGCCUACUGAUCAACAGCAACCACAGCAACAGCAACAGGCUCAAACCCAGCAAAGCCAGCGUGGCACUGGUCUCCAACGUGGCCGUGGCGGUCGUGGAGGAGCUGGCCGAGGUGGUCAUCAGAACGUCCAGGCCAGCAAUGCGCCUCAAGGGCAAAAUCCGUCCAGUCCUGGAGGACGCGGCGGACUCAAUGUUCAAGCUCGCCAGUUUGUCCCUCAAGGGAGCAAGCGGGCAAGAGAAGACGGCGGUGAGGCCGGAAACGAGGCCGGGGCCAGUGGAGGGAAGAGAAUGAGAGGAGGUGGCCAUGCCAGGGGCUCUUGA